ACCGAACACGCGGUGAAUAAUUGUGUGACAUUAAAUGCCGCGAACAGUUAGUGGUUGAAACCAAUUAAAGUCGUAGAGGGGCCAGCUUGUGAUUGUGAUAUAGGACCCUCUCUCUCUCUCUGCGUUAUAAAAACGUCUUCGAAGUUCUGCAAAUUCAACCAACAACGAGGAUAUUGAAGAGUGUCAGUGAGUUGAUAGCAGCAAUUAAAAAUGUUGCGGAGGUACAAGAGAGUAGCUUUGUUGUUGUUGCUUUGUGCCAAUGUCUUUGUGGCCAAUGUGGUUGCAAGGAAUGUGGCAACUGUGGGAAAUGAUGAAGAAAAGAAUGUAGGGUUUGGGAAGGGAGGUGGGUUCGGUGUUGGAAUUGGUGGGGGGGGAGGAGCCGGAGGUGGCUUCGGAGGUGGAGGGGGGUUUGGGGGAGGAGGAGGAGCCGGAGGCGGGUUCGGAGGUGGAGGUGGUGCUGGAGGAGGGUUUGGCGGUGGAGGUGGUGCCGGUGGAGGGUUUGGUGGUGGAGCUGGGGGAGGACAUGGGAUUGGAGGUGGUGCCGGUGGCGGGUUUGGUAAAGGAGGAGGGCUUGGUGGUGGGAUAGGUAAAGGUGGUGGGGGUGGUUUUGGGAAAGGUGGAGGAGUAGGAGGUGGUGGUGGUUUUGGAAAAGGAGGAGGUGCUGGUGGAGGUAUUGGAAAAGGUGGUGGUGUUGGAGGAGGUGCUGGUGGUGGUUUUGGAAAGGGUGGUGGCAUUGGAGGAGGUGCUGGUGGUGGUUUUGGAAAGGGUGGUGGAAUAGGUAAAGGUGGUGGUGGAGGCUUUGGUGGUGGCAUUGGAAAGGGUGGUGGCGUUGGAGGAGGUGCUGGUGGUGGUAUAGGUAAGGGUGGAGGUGGAGGCUUUGGUGGUGGCGUUGGAGGAGGUGCUGGUGGUGGUUUUGGAAAAGGUGGUGGUAUAGGUAAGGGUGGAGGUGGAGGCUUUGGUGGUGGUGUUGGAGGUGGAAUUGGCAAAGGUGGAGGUUUAGGUGGUGGUGGUGGCUUUGGAAAGGGUGGUGGUGUUGGUGGAGGAAUUGGAAAAGGAGGUGGCAUUGGAGGAGGAAUAGGCAAAGGUGGAGGUUUUGGUGGGGGUGUUGGAGGAGGUUCCGGUGGUGGCAUUGGAGGUGGAAUUGGAAAAGGAGGUGGCAUUGGAGGUGGAAUAGGCAAAGGUGGAGGUUUUGGUGGGGGUGUUGGAGGAGGUUCCGGUGGUGGCAUUGGGGGUGGAAUUGGAAAAGGAGGUGGCAUUGGAGGUGGAAUAGGCAAAGGUGGAGGUUUUGGUGGGGGUGUUGGAGGAGGUUCCGGUGGUGGCAUUGGAGGUGGAAUUGGAAAAGGUGGUGGCAUUGGAGGAGGAAUAGGUAAAGGUGGAGGUUUUGGUGGUGGUGUUGGUGGAGGAAUAGGCAAAGGUGGAGGUUUUGGGGGUGGUGUUGGUGGCGGAUUUGGUGGAGGUGGAGGUGGUGGCGGAGGUGGUGGAGGAGGAGGUGCGGGUGGCGGAUUUGGCGGAGGAGCAGGAGGAGGGUUUGGUGCAGGAGGUGGAUUUGGCGGAGGAGGUGGUGGUGGUGGAAUUGGACACCACUAGAGCGUUGCCAACGUUGCAUGCAUGACAAAGUGAUAUUUUAACGUCCUUGUAUUAGCCAUGAUAAUUGGUUUAUUGAAAAAUAUUGUGCGAGUAAGAGAAUUAAUUAUUAAUGUUGGUUUCAUAAUAUUAAUGUGCUCUGUUUUUAUUUAUAGUUAACGUUGAAGGAAAGAAUCGGAGAUAAUAUCAUAUAUGUACUAUUUUUGUAUUCAAUGAGAAGAAGAAAUGGUAGGAAAAUCACUUUCAACUUCAA